AUGGCAAAGGAGACACAGUCGCUUCUCGACCACUUUGAAAAUAUGCUCGGAAAAAUGGGAGACGAUGAUUCCUCAAAUAAUUUGACUUCAUCGACACAACCUGCACCAACACACAGCACGCCCACUUCCAGCUUCGUUCGCGACCAAUUCCUCCGAAACACGUCUUCUGACUUCUUCGGGCUCAACUGCUGGCCCGUGAAAAAUGAUGAUCGGCCAACAGGAAACAGUCAGUUAAUCGCCUCGACGUCCUACCAGCCAUCUCACCAUGUGAACUAUGGAGUGUUAGCGCCAAUGAUUGUUCCGCCUGCGAGUUCGCAAGCCUUCUGUGGACAAGCGCCAUGUCAGGGGCUCGUUUUGACCAAACCAAUAACCGCACCGUCAAAGCGCAUUUCAAGUGAGGCUUGCUUAGAUCCGACCACAUCAAGGCAACACAGAAUUUUCUCGGAUGAAGAACGACGGCUGGCUAAGCGGCGACUAGUGGAGGCGAAUCGAGCUCAAAAGCAGGUUGAGGCGUCCAUGGAUGGAACUUCAGGUGGCCAAAGUAACUGCUUUCGCUCAGCACCACAACAAGCACCACCACCACCACCAUAUCCACUUCGUCUGCCGCCGCCUCCGCCGCUUCGCCCAUUUUCACUACCACCACGGUUGGCAGCGGCAGCGGUAACACCAGCAAUCGCAGCACCAGUACCCCACUUCCAUCCUGUCCAUCCUUUAGCCAACACUGACACCACAUUAUUCAUGGGACCUGUCGUAGCGCUACCACGUCUAUGUCCACCGCCACAUCCACUGUAUGGCUCCUUGGGCUUUAAUGGAACAUCCCAACCACAGAUCUUCCAACGCCCACCAUUCAUCACCUCGUGGCAGAAUCCUCUUUCAUAUCAGCAACUGCCGAUGCCCUUUCCGUCGAUGGUGACUCCAGUGUCGGAGAGGCAGGUUUCACCACCGAAUUCCUCUCUCCUCUUCCACCAGAAAGAAAGCAGUGCUAACAUUGAAGCGACUGAAUCUCUGCCUGCUCCUGGAGACCAUUCUAAUGACGAAACAACCGCCAAUCUGGAGUUUGUUAACAUGGCGAGGGAUAUUGCAAUAGCAUACCGCGUUGUCAAUGUGCCGAACCGGCUGAACGGUUAUGAUGCAUCUUCCAAGGCAAGUAUUAUAUUCACGCUUAGUAUGCCAUAUACAGAGAACCAGCCUCAAUGUGAUGAGUCGAGUAGCGUCGAAUCGACAAAUAUCAACCAAUUGCCACCUGCACUAAGCCCAAUAUUUUUCCGUCUGGUUGGAUUUGCAAUACAGUUGCCGGGAUUCCCUUUCCUAGAUUCACUGGACCAGGCACGUCUUCUUCGUGGCGCCAUCAUGGACAUCCUGACAUUGCGAGCUGCCCACACGCUGUCUCUCGUAAUACGGAGAAGGUGGGAUGCAAACCGGAUGUUAAGGAAGCAGUGGCUGACAAUUCCAGCCGUAGUGAGCAGAGCCUAUCCCGAGAUCGGUACUUCAUCGGACUCAUGCUCGUCACUUAUCCGAUCAAUAGCCUUCGAUUUGCAUGCACUCGAAGUUAAUGACGUCGAAGUUGCCAUGAUCGCAGCCCUACUCAUCGCUAAUCCCAACCGCUCCGGUUUGUCUGACACGAAUAGCGUGUCAAAUUUGAGGAAGUACCUGAUGGAGAUACUUCGUGCCUACGCAACUCACCGUAGAUCCACACAGAAGCUCGAAGGGACUUUGGAAGAGUUGAAGGAACGCAUGCCGAGCAUCUUGAUACAGAUGGGCUUCAUAACUUCAGAUAACAUAGAGCGAUUUAAGCACACCCACUGCAAAUGCGUAAACAACAUGUCGCGCUACCUAAACGAACUGAUCACCGCAAAUGACGAGGAUGGAGAGAAGGAGGAGAUGGAGCAGGAAGUGGAGGGGAACGACAAAAGCGACGAUUUACCGAAAGUCAUUCAUGGAGUCUAG